GAAAUUGACUAGUAAACUAUCAUUAGGCUCAAUACGCACAAUUUUGACGUUUGUCCUUCAACAGACAGCUCUAAAAUAAAAACGACAUCUCAUGAAUUAGGAAACACUGAAAAAGCCGUUUUGGAUAUUCAAGAGUUGAAAUUGGAAGCUAUAUAGCAAUUAUCAGUAGUAGUAAUACAUGUUUUUUUUAUGAUGCGCCGCGAAGAGAGACGGCGCAAGUUCCACAAAGCGCUGCUUAACACUCUUUAUCCGCCAACCCAACAACCUCAAGAUAAUGAUGAAGAAGAAAAGGAAAACCCUGUUAUCACGUCAAGCCAAGACUUAGAUGUGAAUCUUAUUCCAGAUGAUUACGGGCUGCAACAAAGUAGUUCCUCAACAAACGAUAACAAUGGUGAUAGCGAGUCCGAGCAACAGAAGUUAACGAGGGCUCAAAGGAAGAGGCUUCGCAAGAAAAUGCUUAAAGAAGACAUCUGUCGUCGGGGACACAUUAUCGGGCCACUAUUACCUUCAUCAAGCAACGAUAUUGAUGAUGGUACUGGUGCAGUUAAACAAGAUACUCCAGGUGUUCGACAAAAUGCUGAUGAGAGUCCUGGUAAUGAAAAUAGCCAGAAAAAGAAGCUAAAACAGAGGAGGAUGGCGAAGAGAUUGGCUAAAGAAAGACUGAAGUCUUCUGAAGUGGAGAAUUGCGUUCAAGGUCACAGCUUUGAUUAGCUAAUGCGGUGAAUCGUGGAUCAAGAUCAAAACUCUUUAAGUCCAUUAAUGUGGAGAAAAUAACAUCAUAGUCAUUCUCCUUCUGGUUGUUGAAUCAUGAUUGCUAGCAAACACCUUUUCUUUUUUUGGAGAAUAAGAAUAAUGAUUUCAUUGAUGUGAAGAAACAUGUGGACAUGGAGUAUAUAUGUGGCUUCAAGAGGUUCCAGCCUCUAUUGAAUUGUUACUUUCUUCAGAUGUAGCAAACACUUUGAACAGGUGGUUUUAGGACCGGCAUUUACUUGUCUA